GGAGGGUUAUACAAUGAAAUUGACUUUUGAAUCUCAGAGUCGUUAUGUUAAUUUGGCAUUUUGUAAUAAUGAAUCAACAAAAAACUUAAAUGCGAAAUUAAACAUCUCGAAUGGAAAAACAAUCACAUUUGAUAUUGUUGGCAGCGAGGAGUAUGAAGGGUUAUGGAACUGCUCAUUUUUGACUCACAUUGGUCAUUACGUACGCGACAGUGUCACUUACGAUGGGGAAUAUUAUGCCCCUUACGCAAACUGCUCCUUAAUGGUCAGAAUAAAACGAGACGUUACUCUAACCGUAUCCAGUACCACGACCACAAAUUUGGUAACAGCCAAUGCGACUGAUAUAGGUUACUACAGAUUCAUAGAAGGCAACAAAAUUACUAUUGAAUGCAAAAAAGGUCACACGAACAGAACUUUUUUGCAAUCAGAAAAUUUGAUCUUUAAAAUUUGUCGGAAAGACAAAAGUUGUGCAGAUCUAAAAACAAAUUCAACUUUGGUGAGAGAUACCAUGGAACUAAACAGUACUUUCGACGGAAGUAUAUUACACUGCAUUUAUAACAACUCGGUCGGUUACCAAACUGAUGCUGAAAUAGUAUUACAAAUAAAGGCCCAAUCGCGUCCAGAGAUCACAGUGGGAGGUCUUACAAUCAGAGAACCGAGGUCAUCGGAAAGUAAACAUACCUUUGAUGGAACAGUAAACCAAACUUUGGAAUUGGUCUGCGCAAAUAAAGAAAACUGGGGCAACAUUCACUGGGAAGUUUGCUAUGGAUCUGGUGUCAAUUGCCAGUCACAAACACUCGCAGCUGAUAAAAUAUUAAAAUUAAACUUCACUCUAUCGGCGAAUAACAAAAAUACCACAGUAAAAUGUGUUCACACCUUCAAUGCUCUUAGACAGGAGACUCCCGUAUUUUUGUAUGCAAAUGAGCCACCAGUUCUUACAACAAAAAAUGAUAUGAUUUUAAAUUACACCAGAGGCACAGACACUUACGAGUAUGUCAUAGAGCGAGAAGAUGAGGAAACGAUAAGAAUCAAAUGCAAAAAUCAAGAAAACUCUGGCUCGCUGUCCUGGAGAGAUUGCAACAAUGCUGCACAGAAAUCAUGCACCAAAACUCAGGAUAUUUAUAACAGAUCAAUAGAAAAAGUAAUACCAUGGAAUUCUGAAAAAAUCGAGGUAUUUUUCUAUUGCGUAUACAAGAACAGCCGCAACUAUAACGUUUCUUCCAAAGUAAAUAUUGUUGUACAUCCCAGCAUGUCUACCCGAUCAGUUCGAAGCGUUGAUGAGACUACAGUGAUCCAGAUGUCUUCGGAUUCGGAGUCAUCGACAGAUAUUAUUUUUGAGGGAAAAAUCGGUGAACGUAGAUCUUAUGAUUGUAAGAUUAAACAUUGGAAAGAAACCAGCACAGUCCAUUGGGAAUUUUGCGAUGAAUAUGGUCUGAAUUGUAGCUGUUCAGAUGCAAGAUUUGAAAGGCUGUCACAAAACAUCACUUUGGCAGAAGGAUCCAAUGGUACCAUAGCAAAAUGUGUACUUUCGUUCCAUUACGAUGAUAGCACUUAUGAAAAAACCAUACGUUUAUACGCAUAUCACCCACCAAAGCUUACAAAUAAAGAUGGCGUAGAAUUCCAAUCCUACAACUCAGACUACGUCGUGGAAGGAACUGACGGUGAAAAUAUUAUAAUUAGAUGUUUCAAUAGACAAUACACUGGGGUCUUGUUUUGGCGGACGAGUAGCGAUACUACAUCAAAAUUAUGUGAAACUGAAGACGGUACAAAAUGUAAUAUGAUUGAAAAAUCAUUUUGGUUGAAACCAGAUCUUAAUGGGACGCUUUUGUAUUGUGUAUUUAAGACUGAUCGCGGACAUGAAAUAGCUACUAAGGCUACAUUUGUGAUCCACCCUAAAACUCAGAGUAAGUACCUAUAAAGGUCAUAGCAGACUUAUCACCUC